AUGGGGCCACAAACAUUACAGAUGAGGAAACCGACUACACACCACAGAAAUGAGGAAACCGACUACACACCACAGAAGUCUGAAAGACCAAAAGAUGUCACACUAACACAUGGGGCUACAAACAUUAGACUUGAGGAAACCGACUACACAUCACAGAAGUCUGAAAGUCCAAAAGAUGUCACACUAACACAUGGGGCCACAAACAUUUGUGAUGAGGUAACCGACUACACAUCACAGAAGUCUGAAAGGAAAAAAAAAGUCACACAAACACAUGGGGCCUCAAACAUUACAGAUGAGGAAACCAACUACACACCACAGAAGUCUGAACGACCAAAAGAUGUCACACCAACACAUGGGGCCACAAACAUUACAGAUGAGGAAGCCGACUACACAUCACAGAAGUCUGAAAGACCAAAAGAUGUCACACUAACACAUGGGGCCACAAACAUUACAGAUGAGGAAACCGACUACACACCACAGAAACUUGAGGAAACCGACUACACAUCACAGAAGUCUGAAAGACCUAAAGAUGUCACACUAACACAUGGGGCCACAAACAUUACAGAUGAGGAAACCGACUACACACCACAGAAGCCUGAAAGACCAAAAGAUGUCACACUAACACAUGGGGCUACAAACAUUAGACUUGAGGAAACCGACUACACAUCACAGAAGUCUGAAAGACCAAAAGAUGUCACACUAACACAUUGGGCCACAAACAUUACAGAUGAGGAAACCGACUACACAUCACAGAAGUCUGAAAGACCAAAAGAUGUCACACUAACACAUGGGGCCACAACCAUUACAGAUGAGGAAACCGACUACACACCACAGAAGUCUGAAAGGCCAAAAAUGUCACACUAA